AAUUUUUGUUCGGCAGUAAAAAAUGCGGUCUUUCCAUCUUUAUUAUCCUUUUUCUUCUUUCAUUUUUCUAAAGAGACUUUUUAGUCAUGUCUGAAGUAAUGUAACCUCGUCAUAUUUUGGUUGCGAUGAUCGACCAAAAACCGGUUUCAGUCAUCGGCAAAGGUCUCUAUGGCGCGUUGAUCAUGGUAAAGACAAUUGUUGACGACGUUUGCUUUGGGAGCAUGACGACUUUCAAGCGAACGAAAGUACACUUCGUCCAUGCUACAGAUAAGGCUUACAUCUUACAAUUUCUUUUUUCUCUGUAUUAUUUUCAAGACAUAUAUCUCUGGAACAUGUAUUUCAAGCCUUUGUGUUCUAUGUUUGAUAUAUUAACAUAGUUCGCUCUGGGUACAAGGCCCACUGUUGGCGAUAAAAAUGCAUUCAUUUCAGAGUGCGCCAACUUUUAUUAGUAUA